AUGGCGGGCAAAAGGUGUCCUGGGACCGAUUGGUUACCGGUUAAUAGGUAUCACUGUAUCUUCGGUUUUGUCGACAGCUCAAAGGGACCACAUCUGGGCAGCAAACCUCAAGUCUCCAGCUUACGCGAAACAAUAUGUACAAAGGGGAAAAAACGAGGAAGGAAGUGGAGAAGGAGGCGAAGGCGGAGAAGAAACUGGGAGUCUGGAUCCUAUUGUAUUUUGAAAAACGGAAACUGUCCCCCAGGUUUUGAAAGUGGUUUUAUUCAAAUCAAGGAGUACAAUUCAAGCAUCAUGACAUCGACAAUACGGAAAACCAUGGCCAAACAUUGCGCAGAUUUUAGCAUCAGAAACGACUACUGUUGUCGUCAAGACGAUUCUGCGUUGAAACCAAUCACACUCCCCACCGCUUCUCCUUUCAUUCUGCUCAUGUCAAACCUUUACGAAUCUUGCCAACAGACUUUAUUCAUCAUAUUUCUUUUGGAAGGUAUGAUAUACAAACCCUUAUCUAUCAAUCUAUCUCUAUGA